AGGAUAACAAGAAUUGGGUUUUCAUGUCAAGAUGUCUUUUAGCAUUGCGAGAGAGAGAGGCGAAGCUUUUGAUGCAAAGUGGAAACUGCUAAAGAAGAAUGGAGUUGGGGACAAAGAGCAAUAAUUACUGUGCCUUCACCGUCUACUUCGAAGGAUCCGAUGAAGCAAAGAAGGACCAAAGAGAAGAUGCUGCUGAGAGCAUUCAGGAGGCCUUUGAGAAGUUCAGAAGACGCCGGCAGGAGGCGUUCCGGAGUCUUACCAAGAAGAAGGUGUCCGUACCGAGAAAGCUCCAGGACCCAGAUGCCCAAUGGCAACUCCGGCUGAAAUUCCUUGAGCAGGCCAAGGGUUACAUCGGCGUGCCUUAUGCCAAGAAAUACCACGAACCUGGAACUCCAGAAUACGACUCUCCGCUUUUCUUGGACUGCUGCGGGUUUAUCCGGAGAGUGAUGCAUGACUUAGCCGAAGAGUUUGGCUUCUCCAUCGGCCUCGGGAACCAAGCCUACCAGUAUGACACCCUUCCUGUUAGCUUACCCAGUGAAGAAUAUCUGAAGCCAGGAGAUCUCAUCUUCAUCUCAGGAACAUACUUUGAUGUGCAAAGGAAGAGGCAACCCCACGACAUUGUCCACGUGGAAAUCUGGCUGGGAUACGGAGAACGAAGCCUGGGAGCCAGGUGGAAACGGGGCAAGGUCCAAGUCUUCGGCUCCUACAGGUUCGUCUCCCAGACCUAUGGAGGCAUGGAGUACCACUACAAGUCCAUCGAUACGUGGCUGCAAGGCAUCUGUACCAGUCAUUGCCCAGAGCACAAAUGGGCAUCUGCGAGGCAACUCCCUGGAAGGAGAUCUAUUUUCCGACCGCUGAGUGACCAAGAUGAACCUCCCGAAGAGGAUGUGGGUGCCAAAGGAGGCCGACUCCAAUCGCAGUUGGGAAAAGAAAAGAUAGCACUCCGGAUGGAGCCCAUUGUGGAAUCGAUCAGCAGCUGUGAACUCAGUGACAGCAACCAAAUGGAGGCCCUGGAUCUCCAGGGUUUCUCCACGCUGAGAUCAGGAAUUACAAAGACGAACACAAUAAAAAGAGACCGGGCUACAGAAGCCAAUCAAAGCCAGAGCAUGUCUCUGGAAAGCUCUGGGCCCAGUGUGGGAUGUAGCAAUGCUUUGCUGGAGGGGAGCCAGGUCCAUACAGAAGGGUUCAAGGAGGGUCCCAUGAAAUCACAUGUCAUGUGCCACAGCCAGGAAGCUGAUGCCCACAUGAGACCCACUGGGCUCCCUCAGGACUCUCUCAGCUACCCACCUAAAAAGUCCCAUUCCACCUCGAAGUUAAAUGUGAAGGGCAUCCUAGCGGGGGGCACCGGCAAGCGGAAAAAGAAGGGGAAGCCGGGAACGGAAGGAGGUCAUCAGCACUUUGAUGGACUUUCAUCAGUAGAUGCAGAUUCCAAGCGCAUAGCAAGCAGGAGCACCAAGCCCAUGCAAAUGUUUGAAAACCAAAUGCCGGAAGACACGCCAGCGGAAAAGCAAAACAGCACCGUUCCCACCUUAGCUGAAGGGGAGCCGACAAAUGAAACGAAAUCCAAAGUGCCCAAAGCUAUACCCAAGGCAUCGCCCCGAAUGAGUCACCAAGAGGAGAAGAAGCCAGAAGAAGCCCUUGCAUCGGGGCCUUUCUUUUACAUCGGAGGAGCUAAUGGGGUUGAUCUACUCAACCUGUAUUGCAAGAACAGGGGCUGGCAGCGUAUCUAUGACAACCGGAGGGAGGAUUACAUCCUGAAAUGGUGUGAGACCAAAUUCAGAGACACCUAUUACAACUUCAAGGAAGGAGAACAGCUGCUUUACCAAAUCCCUAACAACAAGAUACUCACUACCAAGAUAGGCCUUCUGAUGAACCUCAGGGAGUACGAGCGAGUGAUGAAGAAGAUCAACAGGGCUGCAAAAGUGCUGAGGAUGGAAGACUUUUUCCCUGAGACUUUCCGUCUGGACACGAAAGACGAGAGAGAACUCUUCUUUGAAACAUACAAAGAACCCCACAUUUGGAUCUGCAAGCCAACCAGUUCGAAUCAAGGCCGGGGGAUCUUCCUCCUGAAAAACCAAGCGGAGGUCAAAGACUUGCAAACCAAGCUCCAGAGCAUCGAAGAUGACCCUCUGUACAGGAAGCUGCCCUACAGAAUCCCCCCGGCGAGAAUCGUGCAAAGGUACAUUGACAAGCCAUUGCUCCUAGAGGGGAAGAAGUUUGACGUCCGCUCGUACCUCCUCAUUGCCUGCACAGUGCCCUACAUGCUGUUCUUUGGCCACGGCUACGUCCGCCUGACGUGUCUCAACUACGACCCGAAGUCGGAAGACCUCACAUCUCAUCUCACCAAUCAGUAUGUGCAGAAGAAGAGCCCCAUGUACCCCCACGUCAAGGAGGAGACCGUGUGGUGCAUGGACCGUUUCAACACCUACGUCAAUGAGAAGUUCAGGCACGCCAAGGGGCUUCCCAAGGACUGGGUCCUCAAUUCAUUUACAAAAAGAAUGAAGGAGAUCAUGUUGCAAUGUUUCUUGGCUGUGAAGUCGAAACUGGACUGCAAGGUGGGCUACUUUGACCUCAUCGGAUGCGACUUCUUGAUCGAUGAAGAUUUUAAGGUAUGGCUACUGGAGAUGAAUUCCAAUCCUGCGUUGCACACCAACUGUAAUGCUUUGAAGGGCAUCAUUCCCACGGUGGUGAAUGAGACCUUGGACCUAGUGAUUGAGAUCUUCACCAAGAUCCAAAAGAAGCAGAGCAUCCUUCCGCUGGAGACCCAGGGCCACUUUGUGCUGCUCUACAGUGGGGCGGCCUCGGACAUUGGACUCUCGCGGGCGUCCAAGAGCAGGACUUCCCUUCAUUCUUUCCAGAACCAUCGGCCCCAACCUGAGAUCAGUACCAGUACCAGCGCCAGUAAUUCCACCAACACCACCAGCAGCUGCAGCGGUAGCCACUUGACAGAGAAGCAGCCGCCCAAAGCUUUGGAGAAGGUGCCCAAAGGAGAAGCCAAGGGGGAGACAGCUGGCCCUCCUGAAGGACUCUCCCUCGCACCCAGCAAAGGGGUCCCCCGAAACCCACUCCCAAUGCCCCAGAUACAGAUCUCCAUCGUGCCCAACCUCUCCUGUUGCCCGUCGGUGAGAGCCGUCCUCCGGGGCAACCAAGUCUGCAACAGUGGGAGCCAGUACAUCAUCCGACAUACGCCAGAGGUCCUGGAAAGACCCCUCAAGGCUGAGGAGAGUGACGACAGAGGCAAACUCAACCUGAUCCCUAUCACUGAAGGCAUUUCCAAGGACAGGUCCUACGCCACUUGGUUCCAGCAGACCUUUGGGACCAAACUGGCGCUGGGUCCCAAUGGCAAUGGUGCCGGGGGUCCCCUGACCAGCUCACAAAUGCUCUCCCUCCACCUCCAGUCCAACCUCCCACCCAGCCUUCCCCUCUUCCAGGAGUUCCCCAAGCCUUUCCGCCAGCUCAUGGCCCACGCCAAGCCCCCGACGAACAGCCCCAAAGCCAUCGCCGCAGCCCCAAGCCGUAGCUGCGACGAUGCGCUCGCCGAAGACAAAAAGACCUCCCACCGCGGCUCUUAAACCAAGAUCGCUUGUGUAUUUGAAAAGCCCUUGUUCUUUUUCCUCUAAAGGACAACAAGAAAAACAUAGCCCCUUAUCCAUGA